AUUAGGUAAACAACAACAACAAGAAGUCGUUGUAGUAUAGUGGUAAGUAUUCCCGCCUGUCACGCGGGUGACCCGGGUUCGAUCCCCGGCAACGGCGUUUUUUAUUUAUAUUUUUUCUUAUUAUAUCAAUUCUACUAUUUAGUUUUUAGGGUUUUCGUUUGUGUAUGAUCGAAUCAAUCAAUCUUGUGGAACGAUGAACGUUGGAGCUUGUUCGAUGUCACGAUUUCAGUUACCUAUCAGACGGCGUUUCUCCAAACCCCUAUUCUCUGCGCCUUGCAAUUUGUCUUUGUUAUCCGUUCGAAAUUCCUCAGCUUCACCCACAGAAUCGAAGAAGAAGGAACCGUGGUUAAUUGUUGGCCUUGGUAAUCCUGGCAAAAAGUACGCUGCCACACGCCACAACGUGGGCUUUGAAAUGGUUGAUACUAUAGCUGAGGCUGAAGGAAUAUCUAUGAACAGUGUUUCAUUCAAAGCUCUAUUUGGAAAAGGUUAUAUUGGUGAUGUACCAAUUAUACUUGCAAAACCACAGACUUUUAUGAAUUUAAGUGGUGAAUCUGUCGGUGCCAUAGUUUCAUAUUACAAGAUUCCAUUGAAGCAAGUACUUGUGAUCUUUGACGACUUGGAUUUGCCUUUUGCCAAAUUGCGGCUGCUACCAAAGGGUGGACAUGGAGGUCACAACGGGAUGAAGAGUGUUAUUAAUCACUUUAAAGGGAAUGCUGGUUUUCCUCGCUUAAGAAUUGGCAUUGGACGACCUCCUGGGAAAAUGGAUCCUGUGGCAUUCGUUCUUCGAACUUUCACUAAACACGAAAGGGAAGAGCUGAAUUUUACCUUACAAGAUGGAUUAGACGCUGUGCGAAUUCUUUUGUUGGAGGGAUUUGAUAAAAGUGCAACAUUUGUUAAUAGUUCCAAAAAGAUAGAGCAAAUAGGUUGAGGGAUUGCACACUUUGAACAUCCUUUUGACAACUAUAAGUACAAACAAACAGGAUCGUCUUGCAAGGAGACACAAGUUAAACUUAAAGCUCUAAACUCAUUCAAGCCUCCAUUCAUAAGAAAGACCUAUGUUUGAACUAGUAAAUAGUAUUCAUCCAUUCUUUCAAAAAGCAGUUCAGGUUCCAGCACAAUCAAUUCGAACCUAAUGCUGGGAAUCUUCAGGUACUUGUAAACUAUACAUAUUGUUGACUUUCAUCAGUGGAGUAGUUCCUCAUUCUAUGGGUUGCAAGGCCUCUUGUACCUUUUAUAUAAAUAAAAUAAUGAUGAUAAUAAUAGGAGAGCUUUGGCUGUUUUAUAUGGGUGUGGCAUUUUCCUUAGCAAAGUUUUUGUGCAUUAUCUUUCAAUGUAUGUAUGCAAAAUUGCUUUGAGAAGCAAAUAAGAACAUUAUUAAAUGCACAGAAAAAGUAGUAGCAUAUUAAUUUUCAGCUUUAUUAAUUUACUUGAAAAA